GUAGUCAUGUAAUUCAAAACCCUGGAAGUCUGCUGCAGGGCUUGUUCUGCUUCAGUAUACCAUGAAUGCAGGAUGCAGCCAGUCAUAUAAAGGAUACUCUUCUUCACAGAAUGAAAGAAAGACGUGAUCUACAAACCUGAAUGCAACCUGAAAGGUCCAAAUAGAUGAGCUUGUGACAGCCUUUUCCAGUGCCCAGCCCAGGGAUCCCACAUACCGCAGCUGCAUCUCCUCAGAUCUAUACAACACUGAUUAAGACUAUCCAAAAAUUUCAACUGUUACAGCUGUCACAGAAAAUAGCUGGGGCCAGCUGAAUGUCAGGAUGCAAGUAGUUACUAUUAUACUACUACUACUUCUUUGUAAGGCAUCUGACUGUAGGAAGACAAGGAAUAGGAGUUUGAGAAACAAUGAAAGGGAAAACAUCUUAAGGAGAGCAUCUAGCACUGUUAAGCGCAAUGCCCAAGGCCUACCAUGUGAUAUAUACACUUAUCUUCGUGAGAAAUACCUAGAUUGUCAGGAAAGAAAAUUGAUAUUUGUGGCACCUGAUUGGCCAGAGGAUUUAAAACACAUGCUGCUAGCAAGAAACAGGAUUCGUAAACUGAAGAAUAAUAUGUUUUCCAAGUACAAAGCACUGAAAAGUCUGGAUUUACAACAGAAUGAUAUAUCAAAAAUUGAGAGCGAGGCUUUUUUUGGUUUGAAUAAACUCACCACCCUCUUACUUCAGCAUAACCAAAUUAAGAGUUUGUCUGAGGAGAUUUUUAUUUAUACGCCCAGUCUAAACUACCUACGUCUUUAUGAUAAUCCCUGGCAUUGCAACUGUGAACUAGAAGCUCUUGUUGCAAUGCUACAGGUUCCAGCAAACAGGAAUUUGGGAAAUUAUGCCAAGUGUGUGCAUCCAAUAGGACUGAAAAAUCAAAAGCUAAAGCAGAUAAAAGCUGACCAGCUAUGUAGUGAAGAAACCAGGCAGGACCCUCAAAAUUUAAAACGGGAAAAGCCUGAAGCUGCCAAACCAGAACUUGAUUCCUCUUCAUGCCACAUGUACGUGUUUCCUGUACCAACUCUGAACUGCAGAAGAAAAGAUUUAAAGAAAGUUCCAGGUAACAUACCUCCAGAUAUAGUUAAACUUGAUUUGUCCAGCAACAAAAUUAGACAACUACGAGCCAAAGAGUUUGAAGAUGUCAGUGAACUGAAGAUAUUAAACCUAAACAGUAACGGGAUAGCCUACAUUGAUCCUGCUGCUUUCUCAGGCCUCAAUAACUUAGAGGAGCUGGAUCUAUCAAACAACAGCUUGCAGAAUUUUGAAUAUGGAGUACUGGAAGAUCUUUACUUUCUGAAAAUAUUGUGGCUGAGAGACAACCCUUGGAGAUGUGAUUACAAUAUUCAUUAUCUGUUCUACUGGUUGAAGCAUCACUACAACGUUCACUACAAUGGCCUCGAAUGCAAAAUGCCUGAGGAAUACAAAGGAUGGUCUGUUGGAAAAUACGUUCGAAGUUAUUAUGAGGAAUGCCCAAAAGACAAGCUGCCCAUUUAUCCAGAAACUUUUGAUCUAGACAAAGAUGAUGAGGAAUGGGAGCGACACAAAGAACAAUCAGUUCAAACAGUAAAGAAGCAUGGUGUAAUUGUCACUGUGAUAGGUUAAAAAGGGAACCUCCCUUUUCUUUUUUUGGUUUUAGUACAUUCAAAUAUUUGAUACUCUGACAAAGAAAAACACGCUGUUUACAUUUUUUGUUAAUUGUACUGAUUCUUUGUAGGAUUAUCUACCUACGAAGAUUUCUGUUUAUUGCAGUUAAUUACAGAAUGGCAUUAGUUACACAGCAUCCUUCAUCAAGUAAUUGUUUCUGACCAUUUGUUGUGGACAUUCUUGUGAAAUAUUUUGGCAAGUAUUUGAAACUAUAUGGUAGAAAUCGAUAGACACAAAUGUACAUAGUGUGGUGGGGAGGAGCUGUCUUAUGCAUGAACACAGCUUUUGUGUUGACAUGGAAUUUGCUGCGGGAUUGUGACCAAGACACAUUUUUCUUGAAUGUAUUGUCAGUCCUUUGUAUCUAUCAGUUUCCUGAAAUAUUCCCAGAAAACUUUUCUAAGAUUUUUG